AUGUGUGGUCCAACGCAGUUAUCAGGAGUACAGCCAUUUGACGAAUCCGGUUUUGCGUUUCGAGCUGAAACCGAGUGGACUUCCCUGACGGUAGAACAGGACCAACCAUGGCAAUUCUCGAAUAAGAUUUUCGAACUUAUCGACAAACGACGUGAGAGUGUCGGACUUGCUGAUCUGACACGCAUACAAGGAUCUGGUGACAACCUCGAGCUUGUCUUCAGAGAUACGAUUAUGGUACUCCUUGAGGAAGGACCAGCAGAGAUACGGGUCGUAAAUGAUUUCCGUAACAUCCUCCGGUUCACCAUAUUUUGUGAGAACUUUUGCACAGAGUUCCCAAAAGUCCUGGAAUCCAAAGAUCCCGGCAUGGUAGAGUUGGUACCUGGUAAAGAACUAGUCAUUUCAGAAGUAAGAUCGGCAGGAUUUGGAUGAACCGUUCGAAAUGAAUCGGCUGAGUUGGACGAAGUGGAACCUUCGGUGACGGUAGAAUGAUCCAAAGAUUCGGAGUCGAUAUCUUUGAGAUUCAUAAAAUUGGACUGGUCGAUAAGAUCGCAAGUUCUCUCGCUACCAUGUAAAAACACGUGUGCCUCGAGAAGUUCAGUUCUGAUCUGAAUAGAUCACGGCCUAAGAAGCUGUUCAAAAAUGGAUACACCUGAGGGCAACAGGGUACGUUGAUCAGACUAGCUUCUGGCUUGUCGACAACGACUCUAAAGAACUGACCUGCGAGCUCAGAAAGAUUCGUGAGGAGCACGCGGCGAAACAGUUAACAGACAAAUUAAUGAUAAUGAUUCUUU